ACCUGCUGCAGAAACCAGAACUAACAAUAGCUUGUUUGCUCAAUGGGAGAAACUGAGUACAAAGGAAAACUGAAGCCACCAGGAACGUGAACCUCCCUCCACCCACUGCCUCCACCCUUCUCAUUUACUCUUGUCAGGACACAGUGACUCAUUGAACAUUCAGUCCACAGCUUCAGGUCGGCGUCGACACUCGGACCUGCUCCCUCCAUCAGAGGCCUGUUUUAAAGGUGAUUGAUUUAAAACAGCCGAGUUGUUGGGACUUUUUUCUGUCGGUUUUAGGGCAGAGAACCUGCAGAACCAGGUUUUCCUGUGAAUGCUUGGCUGCGUUUGUCAGGAAGAACGUGGUCGGGAGGAAGAACAGUGUCUACGGUGAGAUAAUCCUUCCUGUACGAGUCUCACUGCACAAACAGAAGCAUGAGGGUCCAAACUUUCUCAAGAGCAGAGAUUCUGCAGGAGUUUGACUUUCGAUGCCAGGCGCUCGCUGCCCACGACUACAGGGGCUUCAAGGCGGAGUUUGAGAACCUGGACCACGUGGGCAGAGACCUCCCCACCCGGGCCGGGGACGCGGAGGCCAACAGGCAGAAGAACAGAUACCCCUCCAUUGUGCCGUACGACCACUGUCGCGUGCGGCUGUCGGUCCAAAACUACGACGCAUACAGCGACUACAUCAACGCAAGCUUUGUGCCCGGUGGGGGGACGGAGCGGGACUUCAUCUGCACGCAGGGGCCCAUGCCCAGCACCACGGCAGACUUCUGGAGGAUGGUGUGGGAGCAGAACGUGAGCACGAUCGUCAUGCUGACGCCGCUGAGAGACAAGGACGCAGUGCUGUGUGAGAAGUACUGGCCUCUGGACCGUCGGACUCUUCAGCACAAACUGAUCCAAGUGACGACAGUGAGCAAAAAACAGGGUCCAGAUUAUUUCAUCACCACCAUUAACCUGAGACAGAGGGACUGUGCGACGGACCGGACCGUCACACACUUCUACUACCCGUCCUGGCCGGACCAGGGCGUCCCGAAGGACUCGUCCUCCCUCUGUGCCUUCACUGAGCACGUGAGGCAGCAUUUGAAGGCCGCUCCCUCCCCGGGGCCAGCUGUGGUGCACUGCAGUGCAGGCGUCGGCCGGUCGGGGACGUUCGUGGCCUCGCUGUGGCUGAUGCAGUUGUGUGCGAGGGGCAUCCGUCCAGAUGUUAGGGCUGCUGUGGAGGACCUACGGCUCCAUCGGAUGUGGACGGUCCAGACGCUAGACCAGUACAUUUUAGUGCAUCGGUGUCUGCUACACUGGCUCAGUGGAGGAACAGCAGGAGCCUUAACACGCUUCUCACAGAUGGACAGUGUGAAAACGAACCACCACAAUGAGGAUCGACAGAAACACAGAUCAGGGAGGAGGCAGCACCGUCACGGGGAGAAGCCGCUACCAGAACCACCACAGAGCACGUUACAGAAGAUUCUGCGUCCUGGAAACCUACUGAGGAGGCUACUGCCUUCCUCAUCACUCCUUAACCAAGGAUCACAACCCUCCUGAGCUCACACACUGUAACACUCAAAGACAGAGCAAGACAGUGAGUACAAAAACCUUGAAAAUGUCCUUGCAGAAGGGUGAAGAAUGCAUAAAUAAUGCUGCGUCUGCUGUAAGAUGACAGGCCCUGCGGGCGGAAAUGUGGGCCGACAACAAGCAGAUAAAUACUGGAUCACAGACGCUGCAGAUGCAUUGUUACAAGAAUGAAAGGAAGAGUCCAGGAAAGUGCCAGCAAUUCAGGUUCAACCUGUUCUAAGAAAGCAAAUUCAUGAGAACUUAAAGAAUCUGCCACCGGUUAAAGCAGGUCACGGGUAAAAACACACCUCAGGGUCAUGUUCAACAGCAAACAGCAACAUGUGUGGAGACCAUUCAUGGUUUGUGCUCCAUUACAGAUUAACUGACGCUGUGAGAUGACUUUUAUUUAAGAAAACCAUUGUGCAUCAUUUAAUAUUACACAAUGCAGACUAUCUAUACGUAAGGAUGUGUGUGUGGAAUUGAUACCAGACUUGCUAUAAAGGCAGGCACAUGGUAUAGUGGCUGUACAAAAAAGGUCAUGUUUCAAAAAACACACAGGCACUGCCAUUCUCCUUGGAUGUCUGGAACUCGUUACAGUACAUGAAGGAGCCAUGAUUAUUGUACAUUAUAGAACAUUAAGGGCUAAGCCACUUCUUCCACCUGUCAUGUAAUAAACAUGUAUGAUACAAGAAA